AUGGACAGCGGCUCCAUCCACAAGUCGCCUCACAACGAUGUCAAGUUCGACACCAGUCCUGAACACGUGGAGCGCCAGGACUCCUUGGACGCCAAACCCUACAACGAUGCCACCAUCCGCAAUCCUCUCGCGCAUCUAGCGAAGGACCAGCUCGAACAACAGGUAUCCCAGUUCUGCGCAACAUAUGGAUUCCAGGAACGAUUGGACCUUUUCCAGAAAGCUGCUUUGGUUGCUCAACGUCCGGAGCACUUCGAGGAGAUUCCGGAGCUCUCGGAAGAGGAUAAAUAUGUUCUUCGCCGAGAAGUUACCCAUCGAUGGCAUCUUCCAUGGCGCCUGUACAUGUGCAUCGGCAUCGUCUCGCUUGGGUCGGCCAUCCAGGGAUGGGACAAUACCGGAGCGAAUGGAGCCAACCUCUCCUUUCCCGAGGAAUUCGGCAUCGCCCACAAGUCAUGGUUGAUCGGGACCAUCAAUGCGGCUCCGACAAUCUUCGGGCUUGCGAGCGCCUGGGCAGCCGACCCUAUCAACAAUCUGCUGGGUCGUCGCGGAACCAUAUUCCUGACCAAUCUUUUCGUCGUCUUCCCUGUUCUAGCGCAGGCUUUCACACAGAACUGGCAAGGUCUGAUGAUUUGUCGUCUCUUCAUGGGACUCGGAAUGGGAGUCAAGAUCUCGACGAUACCGGUGUACACUGCAGAGGUGGCGCCUGCCAUCAUUCGAGGUGGUUUGGUGACGAGCUUUCAACUCUGGGUCGCCUUGGGCAUCCUCGUCGGCUUCAGCUCGAACUUGUGCUUCAAGGAUAUCGGCAAGAACGCAUGGCGCUUCCAGCUCGCUGCAGCUUUUGCACCCGCAGUACCAAUGCUGUUCAUCAUUUGGCUUUGUCCAGCAGAAUCUCCUCGUUGGUACUUGAAAAAGAACAAGUACCAAAAGGCCUUCGAAUCCUUCUGCCGACUUCGCAACACCGAACUCCAAGCCGCUCGUGAGCUCUACUUCGCACACGUCCAGAUCAUGGAAGAGAAAGAGGUCUUUACGGGCAAGACGUUCUUCAACCGGGCUUGGGAGUUGUUCUCCAUCCCUCGUCUGCGCAGAGCGACAAUAGCAUCAGCAUGGAUCGUCAUCAGUCAGCAGUUCUCUGGCAUCAACAUCAUGGCGUUCUACUCCUCCACCAUCUUCUCCGCGGCAGGCUACAGCAAAGAUGCUUCGUUGUGGGGUUCGUGGGGCUUCGGGUUGGUGACGUUGGUUUUCGCCUUGCCGGCUGUUUAUACCAUGGACACCUUCGGUCGACGCAACCUUCUCCUGCUCACAUUUCCCAACAUGGCCAUGUGUUUGCUCGGCGCUGGUCUCUGCUUCCUCUUGCCGGUUGGCGACAGUGCCCGUGUGCCACUCAUUGCCUUCUUCCUCUAUCUUUUCUCUGCACUUUAUGGACCGGGCAUUGGCCCGAUCCCGUCCAUCUACUUCUCCGAAGCCUUCCCACUCUCCCAUCGAGAGAUCGGCGCUGCUUUCACCAUCUGCGUCAACAAUGCCAUGGGCAGUGCACUGGGUUUGACGUUUCCCUCGCUUCUUGAUGCGAUUACUCCUACCGGUGCAUUCGGCUUUUACGCCGGUCUGAAUAUGGUCGCAUUCGUCGUCAUCUUCUUUGUCGUCAGAGAGACCAAGCAACUUACCCUCGAGGAACUUGACGAUGUGUUCAGCGUUUCGACAGCGAGACAUGCAUCGUACCAAGUUCGUGUCUGGCUGCCCUGGUGGAUCAAGCGGUGGAUCUUCUGGCAGCGGAAAGCCGUCCUUGAGCCGCUCUAUCGUCGGGAAACAAUCUAG